GAUACGUCAGCGCCGCCGAUGCGAGGAAACCAGACUUCGGCAACAGCCAAUCAUUUGCGUUGGGCUACGCCGUCCAUUUCGAAGUGCCCUGUCACCAACACCAACAGGCAGGCAGGCGCAUCAGAUUUCGGUACGGACUAAUCAUGACAGCCGUCCCUCCGGGCUCACGAAUGACAUACAAAAGCCCCAAUGUGCUCGCUCCAACGCAAUCGGAUGAGAGUCGUGCACCAGCGCCUCUCCUUUUCAGAGUUCGGGUCUAAGACUACUACCGAAGGCUUGGACUACCCUUCUAUAAGCCGGGCUUCACAUCGCUUGUCGAGAUACGCACCACACCAGCAGCCCCCAGCAUGCCUCCUCGCGCCAAGAAGAGUGAUAUCAAAGACGACGAGGGAUGGGAGAGGUUCCAGCCGGAAAUCCGGAGGCUGUAUCUUACCGAAGACAAGAGUCUAAAAGACCUCUUGACCAUUCUCAGCAUGUCAUAUGGCUUCCGUCCGAGUAAAGCUCAGCUCGAGUGGAAGCUGACGCAAUGGCGCAUGACCAAGAAGAUGAUCACUUCGGAAUGGAAAUACGUACACCAUCGCAUUCGCAGGCGCCGCGCCGCAGGCAAAGAAAGCAGGGUGUACCUUUCAGGCGUUCAACUGCGAGAUGCGACGAUUGAAAAGGCAAGGGUUCGUCAUUGCUACGAGACAGCUCUAGAGAAGAGCAUGGGAGAUCUAUCGCUGAUCAUACGGACGCCUUCUCCCCAGAGUGUUUUCGAACUGAACAACAUGUACGAGAUUCCUUGA